AUGUAUAGUGGGUUCGGUAGCAAUACGCAAUCUUCACAGACUACUGCUGUCAUCCAGGUUUUUGAAGAUAUCUCUUCUAAAAUACUGAAGAUACGUCUAAUUGCAAAUGAGUUAGAAACGCUAAACAAAAGCAUUAGUAUCCGAGGAAAUUCAAAGGCUCAAUCAGAUCUUCUAAAUAAACGAGAGAAAGAUGCCUUUGAAUUAAUUGAAGAAACUAAAAACGUGUUUAUAAAUCUUUCUAAGCAUCCUUUAUCUGAUCAAAUAACCAAAAUUCAUGUUGAGAAGCUCAAAGUCGACUUUCAGCGUGUUAUUCACCGCUUCCAAAGAACUCAAGCAGAAAUAAAAAGGCGACUGCUUACUGAAAGUCGACCAACUUCCUCACUUGUUGGAGAUUUGAUUAAUUUAGAUUCAAGUGAUACCGAUACAGGCCAGCUUAUUCAAGCACAAAUCUCUGCCUCUCAAGAUUAUGAAGUCCAAGAAUUGGGAUUAGCUUUGAACCAAGAGGACCAAAUGCGUUCUAUAGAGGAAGAUAUUGUGAAUGUAAAUGCAAUUUUCCAUCAACUUUCUGAACUAGUAUAUGAACAACGCAGUGCUAUCGAUUCCAUCGAAGAUAACAUUGAAAUAGCACUAACAAAUGAACAAGCCGGUCAUUCACAGCUAGUGCGGGCUGCUGAUAGACGCCAAAGAUCUCGAAGAUGUUGUUGCAUAUUCGUAGUCAUUUUAAUUGUGGCUAUUUUAAUUGUGAUUAUUGUCCUAGUGAUUGAAUAUCCUCCAAAGCGAACUCAAUAA